AUGACUUAUUACAAUGUUCUCAAGAACCUAUUAUUGUAUUAGAGUUAAUAGUUUAUCAGUCAGCAAGGCAAUGGCUGAAACAACAGUUUUGAAAACAAUAUCUCAAGAGACAUUUGAUGGUGUUGUACGAGAAAAUUUGGAAGAGUUUGAAAUGCCUCCCGAAGAGGCACUAUCAGAUGCAAUUCAGCAGUUUAAAUCUCAGGGGGUUAAUAUCAACAUAAUUAUAAAAGAAGUUCCACAAGAUGGGAAGCACAAAGUUAUAUCACUUAUAUUGUCUCUCUCAGAUAAAGUAAAAGAUGAUAAUUGGGAAAAAGAUUCAACAAAAUUACCUUUACUGGAACUUGCUGAUGAACUUUCACAGGAUUUGUCGAAGAGAUAUCAAGCAUGUAAAGCUACAAAUGUGACAGAUGUUUUGUUCCGGUGUUGCACUAUGUCAACAGAAAAAUCAUGUCAUCAGUUAGAAUCAUUCAAGGCAUUUUCCGCUCUUGUUAAUGGACAGCCAGAUGAAGCUACUAACGAACAUAUACAAUUUUUCAUUUCAAAUUUACGAGAAUGUCAAUGUGCAUCUACUGCUGAAGUGUUGUGUACUAUUUUCAUGCGAAUCAGCACAAUGCAAGAGAUUAAUAGGCAAGCUCUUGUAAAAUGUGGAAUAAUUAAUAUCUUGAUGCAGUCUAUGGAAAAAUUCAUUGAUCAUGUGAAUGUGGUGCGAGAAUGUUGUGGAGCAUUGCGCGCACUUACAUUAGAUGACGACGUGAGAGUACCAUUCGGCCAGUCACAUGAGCAUUCAAAACUAAUGGUCACAGAGCAUGAUGGUCUCCAGAGAUUUGUUAAAGCGUUAAAAGAACAUCAUUCUGAUCCUACUAUUGCAAAAGAAGUUACAUCAACACUAUCAAAGCUCAUGGUGCGCAAUGAAUAUUGUCAAGACUUUAUCGAUCUUCAAGGAUUUGAUGUUCUGAAGAAUAUGGUUAUAUGCCAUACAAAAAAUUCGGGCGUCAUCAAACAAUCCAUUGAUUUAUUACAAGCAAUCAGUAGAAAUGACGACGUUAAAAUUUAUCUGAUGAAGAAUGGAGUUGUGGAUAUGCUGUUACCGGUUUUGGAGAAAUACAUCGCUAACCCAUCGAUUUGCGAGUCCAGUUUCGCAGCACUUACAACGGUAUCAUUACGCAAUCCAACACACAGUAAAAUCAUCAUUGAUUCAAAGUUAUCACCAAUUAUUGUACAAGCUAUGAAGGUACACGGAAAACACGCUGGUGUUCAGAGAGAGUCGUGUAUGCUGAUCAGAAACCUCGUUGCCAGAACUCGAGAAUAUUCUCCUGUAUUUAUCGAUUUAGGGGUAGAAGAAUUAAUCAGAAGUGCUCGGAAGCAUCAUACAUCCGCAUUGGAUGACCAAGCAAAAGCUGCAUUGAGAGAUCUGGACUUGGACGUCGACCUCAAAACACCAUGGGUGGGUGCUGGACAUGGAGUACAAAGAUGAACAACACGAGUUUUACAAUGCAGUAUAUUAGAGUUUUGACCAAAUCAAAAUAAAAUUGCUUUUCUAAUUCUUCUGAAAGUAAUUUAUUUAAUUAGUUUUGUAUAUUACUUCUAGUGAUUAAUUAGCAUUCGACCUUGUAGAUAUGUUAUGUACAAUGCUGUAAAUGAAACGAGCUCUAAUCUGAAUCAAUUGCCGAAGAAUGGACUAUUCAUUUAACAACUUGAAAUGGUCUCAAAAGCUCAAUUUAAUAUUUGUUAUCUUGGGCGUGUGUGUGACGUGAACAACAAUAUUUAUUGCUUACAUAUUGCUUGGAAAAAUUGUUGUUAGUUGAAUUUCAAAAAUCUACUCGUUACUUAAAUCGCUUCGCAUACACCAUUAGUAGUGCAUGGUAUAUCUUCAAUAUUAUUAGCAACGAUAUUCCUGGUCGAGCAUAAUCUGUAAUGUGUAAAUUUUUCUGAUUCCAAUUUGUAAAUUCAGUACAGUUAUUUUCUGCUUUAUUCUUUCAUUGGUGCGUAAAUUUAUUUUUAAAAUGUACAAUUUACUGUGAAAUUACUGAUAUCAGCGGCUUUUUUCAUACAACCCCAUCACCACCUCAACUUUUCUGAUGGGAAUGAACAUUAGUUUGAUAUGACGUUAAAAUUUGUAGAUUUAGUUUCCGAGUUUUUUUUGCCGCUCCUUAUCGAAUGAUACGCUCGGUGGAUCCUCCGAUGAAAUUUGUAAAUUUACAUAUAGUGUUGAGUGUUUCACCAUAUUUUGUGUUACUGAUUCUUGUAUUGUUUGUUAGCUUAUGGUAGAUAAAAAAUGUCACUGAUAUACAUGA